UUGUGAAUGGAUUGUAUUAAUGUUUAUUGCACGUGCUGCUUUGAGCUUUGUUAAUUCAGUCUCUUAUCAGCCUACACAGAGGACGGAAUAGAAAAAAAGUCAGUUUAAUUAAAAACCUAAAAAAAGUAUGCCGGUUCAAGCUAAAAUAGGCCCCUCAAUUCUAAACGCUGAUCUUUCCGAUUUGGCCGCCCAGUCACAACGCCUACUGGAUAAUGGAGCAGAUUAUUUGCACUUGGAUGUUAUGGAUGGCCACUUUGUUCCCAAUCUUACAUUUGGCCAUUCCGUGGUCAAAUGUUUGCGCAACAAAAUAAAAGAUGCCUUCUUUGAGACACACAUGAUGGUGUCCAAACCCCAACAAUGGAUUGAGCCCAUGGCAGAUGCCGGUGUUAAUCUCUAUACAUUCCACAUCGAGCCCGUACAAGAUGACAUAGAGACAAUAUGCCGUAAAAUUCAGGAGAGUGGCAUGAAAGUGGGUUUGGCCAUUAAACCUGGCACUGGAGUGGAAGCCAUGCAAAAAUAUUUGGACUUAGCUGAUGUGGCUCUAGUAAUGACGGUUGAACCUGGAUUUGGUGGGCAAUCGUUUAUGGCCGAUAUGAUGCCGAAGGUGGAGUGGUUGAGGAAAAACUAUCCCAACUUGGAUAUUGAAGUGGAUGGAGGUGUGGGCCCCAAGACCAUAGAGUGUUGUGCUAAGGCUGGUGCAAAUAUGAUUGUUUCUGGCACUGCUGUCAUACAAGCACCCGAUCAAAAAGAAGUUAUAGCCCUUCUCAAAUCUACCGUUCAAAGCUACAACAAAUAAUUUACCUGUGAAAUAUACAUGUUUUGAUACACUUCAUAUAAAAUUGAGAGAAACUCUCUAAGCAAUUUUCCUAAGAAUUUCUGAUGUUCCAAACAAAUUUUAUAUUUUUUAUAUUCAAAUAUUUUGUUUAAAGUUAUACAACUAUAGAAAGUUUUUAAAUUCCAGAAAUAAAGACUAUAUUUGUUAAAAGUA